AUGAAAUUAGGAUAUAAUGAAAUAAUGAUAGUAUCAAUGUAUUUUAAUGAUAUUAAUGAUUUUAUUAAUUUAGAAAUGGGUGUUAAAAGAUUUCAAGGAAAUAUUGAACGAUUUCAUUUUAAUCCAAUUCCUUUAAAUGAAUAUUCAAGAAGAUUCUUUACUAAUAUUGAAACAUUUCAUAUUUAUAAUGAAAAUGAUAAAAUAUUUAAAGAUGGAAAAAUAUUUAAAAAAAGAAAGAAAAAUGAAAUAUCUGUAAAUAUAGAAUAUACACAAUAUGAUAGAAAUACAUCUGUAAGUACAAUACCAAUAGAAGUUAAAUCACUCAGAGAAUAUAAUAAUUGGUUUUGGGAUGUAGGUCAUUAA